AUGACCCGCAUGCCGGCCAUAACAAAGAUGGCAUCAAUCUGCAGCUCCAUUAUGCUGGCCUCUCCACACUCUGCUUCAGACGUUCACCACCACGGCGCCGAAGAUACCAUCGUCUAUGCCGUGCGAGGUCAAGGCGCUGUUGUCAGCGAAGGCGGAAAGAAACGCCAGGUCUUGAAGUCAGGAGAUUUUGCUUUGAUUCCUGCGUAUCAGGAGCAUCAGGAGGUCAAUGACGGGGACGAAGAGGUCGAGUGGGUGAUUGUGAGGAGUGGUGGUGAGCCUGAGGUUGUCAACCUGGAAGGAUGGGGUAAGAGUUAG